AUGGCAAAUUCCACACCCACGCUACAGCAAGCUGCGGUGGUGCAAAACCCAGGAGAAAAUGCAACUAUCACUCUUCAGAAUGACAUACCCGUCGCAAGUCCGGGACAAAAUGAAGUUCUCGUCAAAUUAACUUGCACCGGCUUGUGCCGCUCAGAACUCCGCGCUGUGCUGGCUUGGGGCGCAUACAACUCCAUCAUCGGCCACGAAGGAGUCGGAACUGUAGUGAAAGCAGGGCCCGAUGUCUCGGAGUCCCUUCUCGGCGAACGAGUCGGCGUCAAAUGGCUCUACAGUGCAUGCAACGAAUGCUCGGUCUGCAAGCGGGGAUUCCCAAACUAUUGCGCACAGCAGCUCAAUACAAGUCGCCAUGUCCCGGGGACAUUGCAGCAGUAUGUUAUCGCCGAUGCGAGGUUCCUGACCUUGAUCCCCGGGGGCGUAGCCGAUGAAGUUGCAGCACCGCUACUGUGCGCUGGACUUACGAUGGUUGGUGCUUUGUCGAAACUUGAUCAUGAGCUGCAGGUGGGUGACUUUAUUGUUAUUUCGGGGUCUGGGGGAGGUUUGGGCCAUAUUGGGGUGCAGAUUGCAUCCAGGAUUAAAAACUUGCGUGUUAUUGCGGUUGAUAGUGGUGAUGAUAAGAGAGCAUUGAGUUUGGAGUCCGGUGCGGAGGUUUUCUUUGAUUACAAGGCUGAAGAUGUGGUUGCUCGAGUGCGUGAGUUCACUGGAGAGGGCGCGCAUGCGACAAUCGUCGUGCCGGGUACGAAGGAAGCAUUGCAGAUAGCGCCUAACCUGGUGAGAAACAUGGGUUUUGUUGUGAAUGUUGGGUUGCCGCCGAAUGACUUGGAUAUUCCUCUUUCGGCUACACUUUGCACAGCGAGAGGUCUCACCUUUAUAGGGUCAUCUGUGGGUACGGAGGAUCAAUUGACCGGCUUGCUGCAAGCUGCAGCUGCUGGAAAGAUCGCACCAUCGAUCGAAGUCUUUGAUUUCUCGGACGUGCCGACUUUGAUAGAGAAGCUAAGGGAUGAUGGUAUUACGGGACGAGCAGUGAUCACUUUGCCACAGUAA